GGCAGCGGCGGCAGCGGCGGCGGCAGCGUGGAAACCGGCGUUGGCUGGGGGGUUCGGGCCGCGGGGGGCAGUGCCAUGCACAAGCACCAGCACUGCUGUAAGUGCCCCGAGUGCUACGAGGUGACCCGCCUGGCCGCCCUGCGGCGCCUCGAGCCUCCGGGCUACGGGGACUGGCAGGUGCCAGACCCCUAUGGGCCAGGUGGGGGAAAUGGAGCCAGUACGGCAUAUGGGGGCUACAGCUCGCAGACCCUGCCUUCGCAGGCGGGGGCCACCCCCACCCCACGCACCAAGGCCAAGCUCAUCCCCACCGGCCGGGAUGUGGGGCCAGUAACCCCUAAGCCAGUCCCAGGCAAGAGCACUCCCAAACUCAAUGGCAGCGGCCCCAGUUGGUGGCCUGAGUGCACCUGUACCAACCGGGACUGGUAUGAGCAGGUAAAUGGCAGCGAUGGCAUGUUCAAGUAUGAGGAGAUAGUGCUGGAGCGGGGCAAUUCCGGCCUGGGCUUCAGCAUUGCAGGUGGCAUUGACAAUCCCCAUGUCCCUGAUGACCCUGGCAUCUUCAUUACCAAGAUCAUUCCUGGUGGAGCAGCUGCCAUGGACGGGAGGCUAGGGGUGAAUGACUGUGUGCUGCGGGUGAAUGAGGUGGACGUGUCAGAGGUGGUGCACAGCCGAGCUGUGGAGGCGCUGAAGGAGGCGGGCCCUGUGGUGCGGUUGGUGGUGCGGAGGCGACAACCCCCACCUGAGACCAUCAUGGAGGUCAACCUGCUCAAAGGGCCCAAAGGCCUGGGUUUCAGCAUUGCUGGGGGCAUUGGCAACCAGCACAUCCCAGGGGACAACAGCAUCUACAUCACCAAGAUCAUUGAGGGGGGUGCUGCUCAGAAGGAUGGCCGCCUACAGAUCGGGGACCGGCUGCUGGCGGUGAACAACACCAAUCUGCAGGAUGUGAGGCAUGAGGAAGCUGUGGCCUCACUGAAGAACACCUCUGAUAUGGUCUAUCUGAAGGUGGCCAAGCCAGGCAGCCUUCACCUCAACGACAUGUACGCACCUCCUGACUAUGCCAGCACUUUUACUGCCUUGGCUGACAACCACAUAAGCCAUAAUUCCAGCCUGGGUUAUCUGGGGGCUGUAGAGAGCAAGGUCAGCUACCCUGCUCCUCCUCAGGUUCCCCCCGCCCGCUACUCUCCAAUUCCCAGGCACAUGCUGGCUGAGGAGGACUUCACCAGAGAGCCCCGCAAGAUCAUCCUGCACAAGGGCUCCACAGGCCUGGGCUUCAACAUCGUGGGAGGAGAGGAUGGAGAAGGCAUUUUUGUCUCCUUCAUCCUGGCAGGAGGCCCAGCUGACCUGAGUGGGGAGCUGCGCAGGGGAGACCGGAUCUUAUCGGUGAAUGGCGUCAACCUGCGGAAUGCAACUCAUGAGCAGGCUGCAGCUGCUCUAAAACGGGCUGGCCAGUCAGUCACCAUUGUGGCCCAGUACAGACCGGAAGAGUACAGUCGCUUUGAAUCGAAGAUACAUGACUUGCGAGAACAAAUGAUGAACAGCAGCAUGAGCUCUGGGUCUGGGUCCCUCCGGACAAGUGAGAAGAGGUCCUUGUAUGUCAGGGCCCUGUUUGAUUAUGACCGGACACGGGACAGUUGCCUGCCAAGCCAGGGGCUCAGCUUCUCCUAUGGUGACAUUCUGCAUGUUAUUAAUGCCUCUGAUGAUGAGUGGUGGCAGGCAAGACUGGUGACCCCACAUGGAGAAAGCGAGCAAAUCGGUGUGAUCCCCAGUAAGAAGAGGGUCGAAAAGAAAGAAAGAGCUCGAUUGAAAACCGUGAAGUUCCAUGCCAGGACGGGCAUGAUUGAGUCUAAUAGGUCGAUCAAAACGAAACGUAAAAAGAGUUUCCGCCUCUCUCGAAAGUUCCCAUUUUACAAGAGCAAAGAAAACAUGGCCCAGGAGAGCAGCAUACAGGAACAGGGAGUGACAUCCAACACCAGUGACAGCGAAAGCAGCUCCAGAACCAGACAGACCCAUGGAUCAGAAGGACAAGAGGAUACUAUUUUGUCAUAUGAGCCAGUGACUCGGCAAGAAAUUCACUAUGCAAGGCCCGUGAUCAUCCUGGGCCCAAUGAAGGACAGAGUCAACGAUGACCUGAUCUCAGAGUUCCCACAUAAGUUUGGAUCCUGUGUGCCACAUACUACGCGGCCUCGGCGUGAGAAUGAGGUGGAUGGGCAGGAUUACCACUUUGUGGUAUCUCGAGAACAAAUGGAGAAGGACAUUCAGGACAACAAGUUCAUCGAGGCAGGCCAAUUCAAUGAUAAUCUCUACGGGACCAGCAUCCAGUCCGUGCGGGCAGUUGCAGAGAGGGGCAAGCACUGCAUCUUAGAUGUUUCUGGCAAUGCUAUCAAGAGGCUGCAGCAAGCACAACUUUACCCCAUUGCCAUUUUCAUCAAGCCCAAGUCCAUUGAAGCACUUAUGGAAAUGAACCGACGGCAGACAUACGAACAAGCAAAUAAGAUCUAUGACAAAGCCAUGAAGCUGGAUCAGGAGUUUGGAGAGUACUUCACAGCCAUUGUACAGGGUGACUCACUGGAAGAAAUUUAUAACAAAAUCAAGCAAAUCAUUGAGGACCAGUCUGGGCACUACAUUUGGGUCCCAUCCCCUGAAAAACUCUGAAGAAGCCCCUCCAUCCUUUCUCUUGUGAACAGAAGAAGUCAAGCCCCUCUUCCCUCCUCCCUCUUCAUUCCUGACCCCAUGGGGAGAACAAAUGACUACUGUUCUUGUCCCCUUUUUUAGAUAUGUCAAAAAAAAUUGAGUUUUCUAGUC